GUCGCGCCCCUGCCGGCGCAGCGCCCGCCCACCGGGCCCGCCGCCGGUGGGCAUGACGCCCCCGCGGGCGCCAGCCGGGCGGGCGGCCAAGGCCAUGCGGCACUGCGGGGCGCAGCAGAGGCGCCCAAGGCCGAGCCCCUCGCCCGCCCCGCGGGUCACGCGGCCGAGCCGCUGGUCGAAGCCCCGGCCACCGCGACGACCUCGCGGACGACCACGUCCCACCCGGCAACGACCACGACGGCCGCCAACAUCACCGGGCAGAGCGCCAUGGGGACAGAGGGCGAGCACGAGUCACACGUCAAGCCGGUGAACAUGAAGAAUGCCGGGCAAGCGUCGGACGUCGCGGACGUCGAGGUCGAGGAGGACCUCAAGCAGAGGAUGGUUGCGCUGGGGAAGGAGAGCCUCGACACUAUCAAGCAGAUCAAGAAGCAAGGCGAUCUGGCUCGGCAUCUUCCACUCCACAUUGCUGCGCCUGGCGACGUGGACAGCUCGGAGAAGAUCAGCGUCGCGGGGGAGGACCUGCGUGCCACGGUUCCGUCUUUCGUCCUGGGUGCCGGGUGCUGGCUGCUGCUCCCACCGCCGGUGGAUGGGGCUGUGCGGGUGGGCGACGGUGCUGAUGGUAAUGAUCUGAAUGCGAAGGCGGCCGACGCCGAGUUCUACGCGGCCGUGGAGGAGCAGCGGCAGGCUUGGCUGGACAUCCGCUGUGCUGCUCAGCCGUUUGUGCGGCUGCGCGAUCGUGUCGAUUGUGCCCUGGGCGCCCAAGAGCUUGAGGCCGUCUUCGUGCGCGAGACCGAGGAGUUCGGCCUGGCAUCGAUGUCUUUCGACUUCUGA